AGGUGCGCGCUUCCGGGUUGGCGAUCGGGGCGGGGGAGCCGACGGGCCCUGCCGGCCGGGUCCCCUCUGGGAGGCCGGGUGGACUGGCCGCUGCAGGGCCCCGCUGGGCGGCCCGACAGGUUUAAGCCUCUGCGGAGUCGGGAGAAAAUGGCAGAGACAGCAGCAGAGCCUUCUGGGCAGCUUGUAGUACACUCCGACACUCACAGCCACACUGUCCUGGCUAGCCUUGAGGAACAGAGGAAGAGAGGCUUUCUCUGUGAUAUUACUCUAAUCGUGGAGAAUGUGCAUUUCCGAGCCCACAAAGCCUUACUUGCUGCCAGUAGCGAAUAUUUUUCAAUGAUGUUUGCGGAAGAGGGCGAGAUUGGCCAAUCUAUUUAUAUGUUGGAAGGCAUGGUUGCAGACACCUUUGGUAUUCUGCUGGAAUUUAUCUAUACAGGUUAUCUACAAGCCAGUGAGAAAACUGCAGAACAGAUCCUGGCUACUGCUCAGUUCUUAAAAGUCUAUGAUCUGAUAAAGGCUUACACAGACUUCCAGACUAAGCAUAGCUCCCCGGAGCCACCGGCUCUGAACGGCACCGGUACUCCAGUGGUUGUUAUUUCUAAUAAGAAGAAUGAUCCUCUAAAACGGAAGCGGGGAAGACCAAGAAAAGGCAGCAGUGUGCAGGAGGGGAAAUCAGAACUCGCUACAGAGGAAGAAAUGCAGCUAAGAGUGAACAAUUCGGUUCAGAAUAGACAAAACUUCGUGGUUAAAGAAGGAGACGGUGUGGAGCUGAAUGCACAGAUCCCAAAAGAAAAGGCGUCUGAGCCGGCUGGUGAGCCAGGUAGAGUGGAGGAGAUGCUGGCCGAGAAGGACGAGAACUGUGACCCCACGGUGCGGGAUGGACAGGAUAGCCUGAGUAGGUACAGCAAGCGGAGGAUUCGGAGGUCGGUCAAGCUUAAAGAUUACAAACUCCUUGGAGAUGAAGACGACCAGGGUUCAGCCCAGAGGAUAUGUGGAGAGAAAAAGCGCUCCAGCGGUCCUGAGGCCCGGUGUAAAGACUGUGGCAAAGUCUUUAAGUACAGUCACUUUUUAGCAAUCCACCAAAGACGCCACACUGGGGAACGACCCUUCAAAUGCGGCGAGUGUGGAAAGGGCUUUGCCCAGAAACACUCCUUGCAGGUGCACACCAGGAUGCACACGGGGGAGCGGCCGUACACCUGCACCGUGUGCAGCAAGGCCCUGACCACCAAGCACUCACUGCUGGAGCACAUGAGCCUGCACUCAGGGCAAAAGUCUUUCACCUGUGAUCAGUGUGGAAAAUAUUUCAGCCAGAAAAGACAGCUAAAGAGCCAUUAUCGAGUCCAUACAGGCCACUCACUACCAGAAUGCAACCACUGCCAUCGGAAAUUCAUGGAUGUGUCUCAGCUAAAGAAACAUCUGCGAACGCACACAGGUGAGAAGCCGUUUACUUGUGAAAUCUGUGGGAAAUCUUUCACAGCGAAGAGUUCCCUUCAGACCCACAUCAGAAUCCACCGAGGAGAAAAGCCAUACUCCUGCAGCAUCUGUGGCAAGUCCUUCUCCGACUCCAGUGCCAAGAGGAGACACUGCAUCCUCCAUACAGGCAAAAAGCCUUUCUCCUGCCCCGAGUGUAGCUUACAGUUUGCUCGCUUAGACAAUUUGAAGGCUCACUUGAAAAUUCACAACAAAGAGAAGCACACAGCAGACUCCUGCAGCAGUUCUGGCAGCAGUGCUGAGGAGGUCCGCAACAUUCUUCAGCUACAACCAUACCAGCUCUCCACCUCAGGAGAGCAGGAGAUUCAGCUUCUUGUAACUGAUUCUGUGCAUAACAUUAACUUCAUGCCAGGCCCCAGCCAGGGGGUCAGCCUGGUAGCUGCCGACAGCUCUCAGAACAUGGCCACAGACCCAGCUGCUAAUCUUGCCCUGCUCACACAGCAGCCUGAGCAACUGCAGAGCCUGCUUCUUUCAGCUCAGCAGGAGCAAACAGAGCACAUUCAGAGCCUCAGUAUGAUUGGAAGCCAGAUGGAGUCCUCCCAGCCGGAGCCAGUGCACGUAAUCACACUUUCCAAGGAAACGCUGGAGCAUCUGCAGGCCCAGCAGCAAGGGCAAACCGAGGCGCUCCGGUUGGCAGCUGGUGCUGAUCCAGCUCAGCACCUGCAGUUGACACGGGACCCUGAUCCACCCCUACCCACUCCACUAGGCCAGGAGCAGAGCUGACCCAUGGCUAACUGUUCCACUGGACCCUUCUCCUAGGCCAGCAGUGACAGACUGGUCCUUUUGGCCACCAUCUUAUAGAUCCAUAAAGAUGUGUUAGCUAGCCACAGCUUAUUUAUGAUGGGCUCCAUCGGGGCAGAAUCUGUGAGUGGGCAUGAAUGUACUAUCUGUCUUAUCUAUGAUACCAGUUCCUACUUAGCAUUGAAAUAUCGAUGAGGGGGCUCCACUUUCAUCGACUACGUCUCUCAAA